GCAGCCAGCGGAGGGAGCCAGAGACGCUCGACCAGGAACGCACAAAAUUACCGCAAAUCUCACAACAAACCGAGCCGAAGCCGUGCCUUAAGGAGCGUACCGGCGCCGCAGCUGGAGGAGGUCCAGAUGUCCGCGGAGCCCGCUGUCCAGUCAGAGAGCAGCGGGGGAUUUCUGGGUGACUUCCCUGGAGCCAAGCCUCUGAUUGGUCUUGCUCGUGUGGUUGAGUUCAGAAGUGGAAAUGGGCGCUCUUAUUGUUUCUUAUGCCACUGCUGUCGAAUAAGAUCCACCAAUAAGGACUUGAUCGACCACCUAACCAGCUCCUCUCAUCUAGUUAACUACCUGAUGGAAAUUUAUCCUGACCAAAUCGAAGCUUUGGGUGAAGUUAACGAAGACGACUUCCAGCUUCAGUCCCUGGCUGCCCAAGUGGAGGAAGAGGAGGGUAGAGGAGAGAUGAAGAUAGUAAAUGUACCAGAGUCCAUCUGUAGUCAACUCACUGGCAAAAGUUACCACUGGUGUUUAAAGAUGCUUUCAAGUGGCGGGAAAAAUUCUCACCAUCAAAAAACAGAAGCUGUCGCAGGGGUGAACAAGACGACAGCUCGCUACGUGCCAGAGAAAAUCCCUGUAGUGAUGCCACGGCGGCGAGAAAAAUGGGUGAAACCAAUGAAAAAUAAGAAGAAAAGGAAAAAGACUGAUACCAUGUUCAACGUGAGCCUGUCCGUUGGUAAACGUGAGCUGCUGCUGGAGAGGAGGUCUUUCGGCAUGGAUCGUCUCUUUGCGUCUCCUGGAUCGCCUUCAUCUAAACUGGAGCCGAUCGCGUCGCCCACUGAGACGGUGGAAACCGGAUCUCUUGCAGAUGACCCGGUAGAUCCUGUUGACGCCGACUCAGAGCUGGAGACCUCUCAGCCAGAGCAACAGCUCUACAGAGAAGACGCUGAUUCUGGUGAAUACAUGUCAAAGAGACACAUCACAGUCACGGUGUUUCAGGACAGGGACGGUGACGUUGGCGACGAGCAGUCUGGACAAAAGCGACCGAGGGGACCUCAGGAUUGCGUAGGAAGAGACUGGAAACACGGAGAUGUACAGACCCAGAGUGGGGGACUUGUUCCCGCUAGACCCCCCUCUGAGGUGUGGUCACCUUAUCACGCUUACUACCUGGAGGAGAGGAGCGGCGCCGAUCUUUGGAGUCCGGCGCCGGCUGGAGGAAAUCAGGCGGCGUCCAGAAGAGAGGGAGAAUUUGGCGUUAUGAACUCAAGUUCUGCUUGGCAGCAUCACCAGCAUCCAAACCAGCAGCCGUCAUGGGCUGAAGCGCACACUCACACGGACAGCAUGUGGGAACAUCAAGUUGUUCCUUAUUUGAAGGCUGCCAGGAUAAGCAUGCAAACUCACUCAGGACAUAUCCCUGUCCCAGCGGGCAGCGUUUCAUCAGACCCUAGAGUGCUGGUUGAUGAGCCUCAGCAGAGUCGAGCCCAGACAUACUCAGAUUUCACUGCUGGCCAUCACCACACGGCUCCGCUGUGCUAUAGCGCCCCGCCUGCAACGUUUCAAGUCAGCCCAAUACAGCAGAGGCUGAUGUUUUACGCCAACCAUGGCGCCUUACCGUGGACCAACCCACACCCGAUGUGAACAGUCACAGGUCGCUGUGGUUCAGGAGGGACUCCAGCUUUUAUUCAGCCUUGGCAAGCUGGGUGUUCAGAGCUGGUGUUCAAAACUAAUAAACCCAAACUUCAUGAUUCAGUGGGUUAAGUGUUAAAAACAAGAAUUAAAAAAAGUGUCCUGUCAGUGAUGCAAACUUAAGGGAUUUGAUUACGUUUUUUUUCUUGUCCACCUAAUCCCUCUAUUGGAAAUUAAUUUUGAAGAAGUGACGUGUAAACAUGAGCAAGAUCUUACAAGAUUAAGCGUAAGACUGAGUGCAACCCAAAAAUGACAUUUUAUUCUGUCGCAUACUUAUUUUAUCUUAUUUUCAUCUUUCCAAUCUACCUGAGACAAUAAAUGGAAUAGAAGUAUCCUUUAUUGUCGUGCAGUUGGGGAAUUCAGGCGUCCCAGCAGCAAAGGGAAAAAUGGAAGCAUGAGGUGAGGAACAAAAAAUAAGAAUGAGAAGCUGGAGCUCCUGAAACGGGCUUCCCGCCAGCAGAGUACCGGAGAAAAGAGAUACAAUUACAAUUGAUCUAAUGUUAUUUUUCUGUUUUUGAAAUUUUGAGUCAUUCAUUUUUUUUUUUUUUUUUCUUCAGCUAUGCCAUGACUGCAUUCAUCACGUCCAAAGCUUUGAUUAGAGAAUGUAAGCUUAUAAUGUGAAGAGCAUACCAAUGGUUGGUUGUACGUUACAUUCAUUUGGUGAAAUGUUCAUUGUAAUGGAAAUGUGAUACUUUGUAUUAUUCACUUGGUGCAUACAGUCAGUGUAUAGCUGCAACAUGUUGUAUAACUGAACCUGGUUCUUAGUUGCCGGAGGUCAGAGUUGUUCCUUCUCCCGUGUCUGUUGGCAAAACCCAACUGCAGUACCGGUCACUGCUGGGUCUGCUGUGUCCUUCAGAAUAACAGCUUCUCACAACCUCUGCCCACUGGAAACCUAUAAGAGGUGUACAAACAUCUGUUGGUCAGAGCAGACGCACUGAUACUCAUGCUGUGAUCAGAGUUUGUUCUUACACUUAAACUUUCAUUAAACUUGUGUUUGAGCUUCACAUCAAGAUUCUGAUAAUUCUAUAACAAUCUGCACAAUUAUUUUUAGGUAUGAUUGUACCAAAAAUAACCUUUUUGAGAUUGAUAAUGAAAAUUGUUUUGAUUGCA